AUGGCAAGUGGAGGAAUGAUCCCCUUCCAAGUUCCAAUGCUCACCAAGAGCAACUAUGACAAUUGGAAUAUUAAGAUGAAGACGCUACUAGGAGCUCAAGAUGUAUGGGAUAUUGUUGAGAAAGGUCAUAAGGAUAGCAAGACGAUGUUGCUCUUUCCCCAAGCUCAACGAGAUACGUUAAGGGAUUCAAGAAAGAGGGACAAGAAAGCUCUCUACCUCAUCUAUCAAGCGGUGAAUGAAGAUGCGUUCGAGAAGAUCUCAAAUGCAACGACGGACAAAGAAGCGUGGGAUAAGCUUCAAGCUUGCAACAAAGGAGCGGAGCAAGUGAAAAAGAUCCGUCUUCAAGUUCUUAGAGGUGAUUUUGAAACUUUAUUUAUAGAAGAUACUGAAUCAAUUUAUGAUUAUUUCACUAUAGCAUUAUCAAUUGUCAAUAGAAAAAAUUGUUCGUACUGUGAGUCCAACCUUAUUUGA